GGGUUAGCGUUAACCGGCUUUCGAAAAACCCUGCCCAGAAGCCUUAUUAAGUAUCAAAGUGAUAAAUUAUACAUGUUUUUUGAAGUUACCUUUUGGAGGAACCUUGACUGCAAUCUUUUCAACUAAAGCAGUGAGGUUUUUAGUAUUUGAGCACAAAUGAAUUAAAUUACUGAAUUUUCUAAAUGUUCUACUUAAAAAAUAGUAACAAAAUGGCUGAAAAAUGCAUUUAACCAGCAACCAAUAGUCGCUUUUGGUGAUAACUGUAUGAAUAUGACUGAAUAGUGACUUUUCGGUCGAGUGUUUUUCCUACAUUAUUUUGCCCAAUAUUUCGAGCAGACAGAAAAAUAUUGUAGAACUUAACAGAAAUCUAAAUUACUUUUGUGAAUCUCAGAGGUACAGAGCGAAAACAAAGAGCUGAACUAUAGGAACAGAAGAGAAAAUUAACACAAGCUGGAGAAGGCGUUAGGGCAGGCGAUAAAUCAACUUCUCCGAUUCUCACCUCUCGCCUUCGAUACGGGACAAGAAUGGUCUUCUCCUUCUUGAGAAACAACUAGCAUUAUUCGGUAGAAUUGUUUGUUUGUGGUUGUGAAACUGUCAAAUUGAAUAAAGACUCCCAAGCUUCUCGUAUAAUUUGUUAAUCACGUUUUGUUUAAUUGCCAAGUUUAUUCAGGGAAAAUUACGUCAAGGCCACUGAGUGCGAUUCCGCACGUCUGAAUAAACAAAGAGGAAAGUGCGUAGAGUCUUCACAGCUAAUAGCUAAUUAAUAUUAGAUUGAAAUUUAACAGUUAUAUUCAGUCCUCAUUCAGCACACAGGAAUGCUCGGUUCAAACAAGCUGUAAGAACAUUUACUUCGAUUUUCCCUCUGACUGUUCUAUACACUACUGUGGACGUGCAAAGAUUCGUGUGCACAAACAAAGGAGUAAGAGCUGACGACUUGCAGCUGAACUCACACGCAGCAUUAGGGAAGCUGGAAGAUGGCAUUUCAUUCCCGAAACAUUUGCGACUAAAUCAACAGACUAGACAUAGCUAAGGCGUAGAGGAAUAGUCUCCUUAUAAAACAAGAGCAAAACAAGUUUCCUUUGAAGGAGAGUAUUAUUUUAUUUUAGGAAUCGGUCGAAAUUCGAGUGAAAAAAGAAAACAAAAAAUGACAAGACUUCAAUGACGCAGAUUCAAGUGUAAAAGCAAAUCUAGAUCCUUUUAACAGAGUAAUCAUCGUUAAAAGCACUGUUACACAGAUUUAUUCUAGGUUAAUAAACACAGGUGCCAUGUUCUCGAAGUUGUCAAAAGGAAGUUCUAGCAGUUAAAUUAGUUAUGACAAUAGUAUAAAUGUUUUCUGAACCACUCUUCGUAAAGAUUCCGUCCUAUUUAUAACUUUAAAAAUGAUGUGAAGUUUUGACAGUGGUCAGUAAUGACACAAUUAAAAAAUAGAAUUGCGCGCUUCAUAGAAUACAUACUGAAGUAUAAUCAACAUUCAUAUUCACUCCGUUUUGGUUCCUUUGCUCUCUUAUGGUAAGGCCAAGGGGUCAUUUUCUCACCGCAUAGUAACUUUACUAUAUGUUACUUUCGUUCCAACAUCUAGUUGCAACUAGAUGUUGACGAAAUAAUUCUUUCUCAACUCUCUUUCGUGGAUCAAAAAAGCUGUAAGAUGUCAGAAAAAAAAAAAAAUAACGAAUCGCAAGUGAUCAACUGAAUUUCCUUAAUUUAUAGAUUAAGAUUACAUAUAUAUUUUCCAAAAACAAAGGCUCGAUAAUCCAAAAGAGAGAGUACCGCGUGUGGGACAUUCUUGGGUUGGAGAGGUUCACCAUUUGGUUUUACCCUGAGGGACAUGGAUCGACUCCACUGGCCUUCACUUGCAUAAAACUUGAAUGACAAGCUAAAACCCGAGAAAAGGGGGUAUUAAAUGACUGGUGCAUAAGUAACCUGUCAUAACGCGUUCUUUUUUUUUCGGCGAAAAAGAUAACGCCUCGCAGGUAAAAGCAUAAGUCACGAGGAGAGUUUCUCCUUGUCACUUGGGCUCCUCAGCUGCGUCAACCGAUCACAAAUAUUUGAGUUCUGGAUGAUUGAUGUGAUCGUUUGUCAAAUCAAACCAAUUAGACUUUAAGUGAUCCUUUAUUAGUUGUGUUUGCUAUUGCUUGCUUGAGUUUUGUUAAAAGAGCACAGCUGAUGCCUACACUGUUUUUUUUCCGACUAUGCUUCUGCUCGCCAACUUUAUCACUGAAUCGAUCACGAAAUAACUGCAAAUAUAAUCGUAAGUGGUCUUUAUCUCUGUUUUUGUUUUGCUUGCUAUCAUCUUCCUUCAUGACUUAGACUGACAGGAAAAACUGUGGAAAAUGCAAAAUCUUCUACAUCUCUGGGUAUCCAAUGGGCAAGAACGGCUCUGAAAUAAAAACUCUGGCGGGACUAAUGAUAGAAUCCUGCGUUUUUGAACUCUUCUUUUUGCACAAGACGACGAUCGCCGUCUUGUUUUUAGUCGAUGCUUUUUUUUGUUAAAUUUUCGAAAAUUCAAGGUGGCUCAGAAUCCACUUCCAACUGUAUUUUUUUAACUUGGCAAAAAGUUUAAUCUUGACAUGUUAAUUACAAUUCGAUGAUGAAAAAUGGGUCACGUACUCGUUUUUAAGUUAUAAGCCCAUCAAGCUAAAAUUAAGCGAGCGUUCAUCAUCAACUUAUACCAUUGCAGUUGUAAUUUGUAAAAUCACCAGAGCUUGUUCACCAGUCUGAUUGAGCGUUUGUUCGAUGCCAUUAUUGUUGUGUCAACCGAAAAAGAUUUUUUAUGAGAAACAAGGCACCUGUGUAUGUAUAUGAUGACGAGCAAAUCGGUAGGUAGGCAGGUAAUUUGAUGAUCGGUGAAGAUAGGGAUUUGUGACAACUGCCACGCCAGUAAGUUGCCAAGUGUUUCGAACACACCCACGAUAGAAUUUAUUGAGAUCAAUUCAACGCCACGGAAAAGAACAAUCUUUUGUUCAAAGGGAAGUAAGAAAGCUAUCUUAAAAUUUGUCAACUGUAAUUGAGAAACAAGUGUCGCUCUUAAAAACGAAUUAUCUAGUGGCAUGCUUUGUAUUGAUACGCUCGGUAAAGAAUUAGAGACAUUUCCUGAUAAAAACAUACGGUCGGUUUCCGCUCAUACAUCAAACCGUGCACCAAAACCUCGAAAAACCUACGGUUGGAUAAAAUAACUGCGAAUAUAACUCUAAACUGUGACACUGAUUCAAAGUCCUUUUAAUUAACGAGUGGUAUUCAUUAUGUAAUCUUCCCUCACGAAUAUCAACUCGGCGAGUUGUUGAGCUGUAUACUUCACAGCUAUAAUGCUCAACAAUAAUCCCGACUGGUUAGGACUGGGAUUGUUGGUUUGAAGGAAUGAAGACCAUGUAUGGAGUUUUAUGUGAUUUCCUAUUGACGUCAUACCGCCUAAGUAAAGGCUAAAAUUAAGUGUUGUUUUUAAAUGUCAGUAGCAGGACUGGUAUUUAUAUAAGAUAAUGAUUUAGAACCUUUUUUGACCGCAUUGUUUGAGAUUAUUUCUGUAGGGAUAGUUAGAAAGGAAGUGAAGCUUAAGCAUUGUCCCUUCCUUCAAAUGACAUAUUGUCAAGGAGAAAAUUCAAUACCUUUAAUUUGUUUUGGAAUGCUCAUCUAAAAUUAAACAGCAGCUGAAAGGUUUAUACUGACGGCUGAGAGUGGCUUGCACGGAUUUUUGUUAAUCAAAGCAAAGAUGUUAGACUGAUACUGGACUCAAAUCACUGCUGAUCAGAAAAGUGACGAGCGUCAGCCAUGAACUACACACCAAGUGAGCCGUCUUACAACCUCUCAACAAAAGACUGUUCUCUUCCAUUAGCUCAUGGCGUCGCUCUUAUCACAGUGAAUUCUAUCGUGGGUGUGUUUGGAACACUUGGCAACUUACUGGUUUGCGUGGCGGUCGUUACAAGUCCACGACUUCGCCGAUUCCCAAACUACCUUCUGUUCAGCUUGGCGAUCGCUGAUUUGAUCGUCACCAUGUUGUGCGAACCUCUCGUCGUAGCAAUCUUCACUAAGAGGACAUUUCAAGACGUCUGUGCAGAUAAUAUGGAACGAGUCUAUUUCAUUGUCUCCAAUUUUUCAGCGUCUGCCUCCGUGGUGCACUUGUCGGCCAUCAGUGUUGAUCGUCUCCUUGCAGUCGUUUGUCCUCUUCGUCAUAGAGGCAUCAUGGAAAACUUUGGGUGGAAAUCCAUGCUUGUUGUGUGUUGGACAUUGCCCGUGGGAAUUCUUUUCCUAAGUAGGUUUGUUCCCGCGCCUGUUUCAGUGAAAGCUUUCGUCAGCCUAGGAGUAUUUAUCUUGUUUUAUGGUAUUGUUUUCGUGUCAUACACAGUGAUUCUAAUAUCACUGGUCAAACAAAGGAAACGAGUAAGCCAGAUCAAUGCCACCUCUCCUGCCGAUACCAAUUCACGCCGUGAAACCCGUGUAGCUGUUACCCUGGCGAUUGUGGUCGUCGUUUUCACUGCUUGUUGGUUUCCGUUGUUCGUUGUCUUCGCGGUCGCUGGCAAACCGCUGGUCAAGAUUCACGGAACUACGCACAUGUGGAUCAGGACCCUGGCACUGUCAAACUCCGCUAUGAACUUUAUUAUCUAUGGCUCGAGAAUGCGUAAUUUUACUGACACUUACAUUGAGAUAUUUCAAAAGACACUCAGGUUUGCGGGGCUUUAAAGUACAACGUAGUCAAAAUGAUA